AUGUCAGGAGUAAAUAACCCGAUUCCCUUCUUGCCUAAGGAUCAACAGGAGAAGGUCCUGUCUGGACCUGCUCUGGCGCCUCCGAAUGGAACCGUGUCCAACCUCGAGAAUCCCCCGAACCAGAAUGCCCUUGCUAUUGGAGUCAUGAGCACCUGCAUCGCCGUGGCCAGCUUGUGUCUAUUCAUCAGAGCUUAUCUGGUCGUGGUGGCAAGGCGGGUGACGAUUGCCGAGGGGCUGGUUGUGGUAGCGUACGGCUGCUAUGUCGGAUGGAGCUACUGCUGUUUCGAGAUGGUAUAUCGCCCCGGUCUAUUUGUGCACCAAUGGGAUGUUGUCUUGAGGGAUAUGAUCCCUCUGGCCUAUAACAUCUACGUUGCCGGAGUCCUUUACUCGGUCGUUCUCCCGUGUCUUAAGAUCGCCAUCUUGCUCGAGUGGUUGGGAAUGUUCACGGUGCAGAGAAACUUGUUUUGGUGGACCUCGGUAUUCCUGAUCUUCUUGCAGACGACCUUCAGCAUCGUCCUCAUUGUGAUGCUCAACUUUGUCUGUGUUCCCAACGCCUCCAUCUACGAUCUCACCGUUGCUGGAGAGUGCAAUCUCGACAAGCACGCCAUGGAGCUCGCGUCCGCGUCUCUACAUCUCUUCACCGAUGUCGUCAUGUUGUUCCUCCCGCAAAAGGUCAUCUGGGGGCUUAACAUGUCGUUCAAGAAGAGGCUCGGUGUGGCAGGUGUCUUUGGGUUGGGUGUGCUCGCCGUAAUCUCAGCCGUCAACCGAGUCGCCGUGACCGUCACAUAUGCAGGAGCCGCCGAUGCAACCUACACACUGGGACCCGUGGUCUUCUGGGCCUUCGCGGAGAUGACAUGCGGUUUCGUCAUCUCGUGCCUCCCCGCGGCGCCCAAGCUCGUGCGCGAGCACCGCGUCUUCCACCGGAUCAAGGCCAGGCUCGGCAUGAAGCUGACCACGGGGAGGAGCGGCGCCUCGGGCUCCAACUUGUCGCGCGGCACGACGCUCAACAACACGCAGCAGAGCACGACGCCCGGCAGCAGCGCCGGCGGCUCCAACGCCUGGCGCAAGCUCGAGGACGAGAGCGUCCAGCUCGGCCACAUGACAAAGUCGGACUCGACCGAGUACCUGCAGCGCGAGGCAAAGUCGGACGCCGCCGCCGACAGCGUCCUCAGGACCACCACGGUCGUGGUCAAGAAGGAGGUGGCUGUCGAGGAGGACCUCGAGCGCGGCACCAACAGCCUGCCUUACGGCGCGGACCCCAUCGCCGACAAUGGGAAGUUCGUCUCAUCUGCGUGGCACGAUGGUUCACAGGGGCGUGGCGGCAAGAAGAACUACUACGGCAACGCGAGGUAA